AUGGAUCCAGAUAUACCUGCGCCCUCAGUCGAAGGCGACGAUGCCCUCCCGAAGAACAACGACGCUCCCACCAUCAAUGCGAUCAACACCACCACCGCCGCCGCCAGCGCCGCUGCUGUUACGCCGGCUCUCGCUUCACCGGCCAUGCACCUCAACCAUUACAGUUCUUCUCACCUGAAAUCUGCCGCUGCAGUCCCCUUGCCUCCCUCUUCACCUAUGCGGUCUCCCCAUCAAACGGCAGCCCCCAGCGCAACAAAGUCCAUUUCGCCCAAGCCGCCGUCACGAUCGCCAUCUGUCGCCAGCUCAUAUCGCGGGGACAGACAGUCCACUCCUACGCUGGUCACGCGAAGAUCUACAUCCAGUCUGAGUGUUUCAAAAGGCGGAACACCCCAGAAGCCGCAAUAUCGGCGAGCCUCCUCCAAUCUCAACCCUUCGUCCCCUGCUGCAAAUGGCAAGAUGGCCUUUCCGAUGAUCCAGGAACGUCCGCCGGUGACGGCCAGCUCGGUUGCCAGAGAGUAUUUUGGGGUAGAACUAGAAGCGCAUGGAUCUUUGCACUCGCCAGUCGUCGUCAUAGUCCACGAUUCAUGCUAUGGCCAUCGCUUUUCCCGCCCUCGAGCCUCCAAGAACGCCUUGGCCACAAUUGUCGAGCGGCCGGAGAGAAUUCAUGCCACGUUGCUCGGGGCCUCAGCUGCCUAUGUGCGCUUGGGAGGGCGACAUGCUGACGGCCGAAAUGCUCCCCGCCCAAAGCAUGAUUCAUUAAAAGUCCGCGACGUCCCCUUCCAGAUUCGCAAGACUUCUCGAACCAUCCCGCUCUCCCACCCUUCAGUGGCAUUUGUACAUGGUUCCAAAUGGAUGGAAGAAUUGCAGAUCAUGUGUGACAUGGCCGAAGACAAAUUAACCCUGAAUGGCAAGGAGUUGGUGAGGCCUAUUGGCUAUGGUAAGGACGAGGCUGGAAACACUCUACCCAAACUACAUGAAGGCGACCUUUAUCUGUGCGCUGGGUCUCUGGCUGCCUUUCAAGGUUGCCUGGGCGGAGUUUGUGAUGCUGUGGAUACGGUGUUUUCUUCAUCGACAACAUAUCGAGCGUUUGUCUGUAUACGACCUCCAGGACACCACUGCUCCUCCAAUUACCCUUCUGGCUUCUGCUGGCUGAACAAUGUCCACGUCGGAAUUGCUUAUGCGGCCAUGAACCAUGGGUUGACACAUGCUGCCAUCAUUGAUUUCGACCUACACCACGGUGACGGCUCGCAAAACAUUGCUUGGGACCAGAACCGCAAAGCCCAAAACGCGGCCAGGAAUGCCGCAGCUUACAAGAAGACUCCCAUCGGCUACUACAGCCUACACGAUAUCAACUCAUACCCUUGUGAAUGGGGCGACGAGGAAAAGGUCCGGAAUGCGAGUCUGUGUAUUGAGAAUGCCCAUGGCCAGUCCAUUUGGAAUGUCCAUUUGGAACCCUGGAAGACAGAUCAAGAAUUUUGGAAACUUUACGAGACCAAAUAUGCUAUUCUACUCGAAAAGGCGAGGAUCUUCCUACGGAGCCAUACGGCGAAAUUGCGUGCCUCAGGGCACCAGCAACCAAAGGCUGCUAUCUUCGUCUCCGCCGGGUUUGAUGCAAGUGAAUGGGAGGGAGCAGGCAUGCAGAGACACAGCGUGAAUGUACCCACAGACUUUUAUGCCCGAUUUACCGCAGACAUUGUCAAGCUCUCCCACGAGAAUGGGCUUGGGGUCGAUGGCCGCGUGAUCAGUGUCCUUGAAGGAGGAUACAGUGACCGUGCGCUGACCUCGGGGGUAUUCAGCCAUAUGUGUGGACUGGCUGGAGACACUGUCGCAGGGGACACAGAGACGUUCUCCAUGUUAGAUGCAAGCGAAGUUCAGACGAUCAAUAACUGGGUUCCGCAAGAUAUCACGGCGUCUGUGGGGAACGUCUCGUAUGUCCCGGAGUGGUGGGCUGAGCAGAAUCUAGAAGAGUUAGAAGCGAUCGUUGCUGGACACCAACCACCAGGCGCAAAGUCCUCGAGAGAUAAGACUGCGAAUUACUCGUCCCCUACUCAGGCCUCAACCCUCAAGAUGACGGACCACGCGCGCGAGAGACGAUCCCUAGCCGCCCUCCAAGCCAGGCUCUCGCUAGAGUCUGAAUAUGAGCCGCCACCACCUGAUGUCGACUGGGCAACAGCAUCCUACGAACUCUCUCGGGUCAUCAUUCCCGGCGACCGACAAACCCUGAGUUGUACGCAUGAAGAUUUGAACGCAGAGGCUACAAAGGCCCGCCGAGAACGAGUCUCCAACAGUGAAGCCUCAGCAGUCCCGGAGGAGCGAAUGCAAUUGCGGGGCCGUAGACCGAAAGCACCACCUGCAGGUCUCCCCGGGGCGAGAGUGGCAUCACGCAACGGCAAUCGACGAACUACCAUUGCUGCUGUCAGUGAUCUGCCCGAUCCCUCGCUGCAGCAAUACGAACAGGGCCAGAGCAGACCUCGGCGAAGAUCAAGCGAUGCGUCCAGCAUUCUCUCAAGUUUCCAGGGCAUGAAGAUUUCAGAGGAAGGUGUAGACAAUUGGGCAAAUCCGUCAAUGACUCGUGCAGGGAACGCGCCCUCUCGAACACCGUCAGUUGCUCCGGAGAAGCCCACAAAGGCAGUCGCUGUCAAAAAGACCAGAAUAGUGCCGACGACAAAGGGCCCGGCAAAAACAAAGACGAGUCCUCGCAAGCCCAAGGCAACUCCUCCGGCUGUGUCUGGGGCCGCAGCCGCAGCAAAGGCUGGCGUACCCGUCAGUGCUGGGCAGAUGAAGCUGGAGGCAGGUAGAGGGUUGCGAGAAGCUUCAACCCCUUCUCAAGGUAGGAGCACGGCGGCGUCAACCGCAGAUGAGAUGGACAGCUUGACGAGCGGAGUCAACAAGAUCAGUAUCAAGCUAAAGGUUCCAAGUCCGGAGGAGCAUGCUGCCAGACAGCAACAAAAGAUGUUGGAGGACAAACAGAAGAAGCCGCGCGCCCCCCGAAAACCAGUACUGCCGAAGCCCGCCAGAGUGAUCAAGGCAGAUCCACCUGGGAAUAACGACCAGUUUGUCCCGAUCCAGCCUAAACCUGUGCAAAACGAGACUUCCCGAGCAACACCUCCUACGAGCAAGGUGACGCCAGGAGUCAAUGUAGAUGAGACCUCCCAUGAAACAGGGCCUUCUCACCAUGGGAACCAGGCGACCGAACACCAACUCUACACUAGUCUGCCAUCAACCCAGCUUCCCUCACAAGCUCCGGUGACAGUGAACAACGGGCCACAAAUCCAAGAUGCAGCAGACCCGGCUCCAGUUGCUAUUGUUGCUUCUGACAACGUGCUUCCUUUCUCUGCCUCCACGAUACAUUCGAUCACUAACCAGUCUCAAUCGACUGGUCAUCAAACGCCACAAAUCGAUUCCGAUCCUGCCCUGUCUAAGCCGACGUCAGCUAGACCCAGUACGCCCAUUCAACGAACGAAACAGGAUCUACCAGUUUUUACUUCUCAGUCGCCGAUCCCGUUUGCGGCCCCUCGCGGUUCUGACACCAUUACGGUUAAAGAGGACCACGAUGCCAACCACGGACCGUCAGGCUGGGGUGUUCCCAACAGUAAAUGA